AUGACAGGCAUCGAUUUCAAUGCUCCACCCGGUCAUUUUGCCCUGAAAUCGGUGUUGCAAGAAUUGUUCACUGUAUUCGAUCGCAGAAUUCACAAUCUCAAAGAUAUCGAUGAAAAAAAUUUUGGCAAAACAUUCCCAGUUGGUGAGGAUAGCUAUUUGGAAAAUCUCCUUCGGACACUUAGUUCACUCUGUGAACAUUGCUUACCAUCCGUUCUUGCAACGCUAAUUCACUGGUACAAAAAGCAGCUGAAGCUAAUCGAGGAAUCCGGCGAAGGAAUGGAUGAUAAACGUCUGGUGCUGAAUUAUAUCUUUUGCACUGCUUUGAACGAAGUUUUACCGCAACUUCAUUUUUUUCCAACCGUUUGCGAUGAUUCGGUCUCCUAUCUUGUGACACUUGCAUUCAAGGAAGUGGCCUACACCGAUCAUUCAUCGUAUGGUUCAAAAUACAACAGCUAUUUGAUGGUAACCGAACGAUUCACCGAAGUGCUUGGUGUUUUAUCACAUACACAUGGUGCGGUAAUUCAACGUGCCUUCAUGAAUGCCCUAAAUGAGCUGCGCAAGGAAAAUCCAAUAACGCCGUACACGAUGAAUUGCAUUAUUGCCCUGUUGAUGGCCAUGAAAUUCUAUAGAAUCAAGGUAGGGAUUUUUUACUAUAAAUAG